AUGGACUUCACUGCACUCAUCAUAGAUUCCGAGAUGAUCCCACACAUGUUUUUCAGUGCGUGGUCCGGAUCGGGGCCGUGUGCAGAGGCCACGGCUGUAAUGAGAUCCGACGCCUUUCGAGCCGCUGCCUUCGAGACAAAUUGCUCGGUCUUUGUCACGAGCAGUGGGAUCCUCGCCGUGAUCACAGACCUCCACACAUGUGCAGUGAUGCAGACUCCGGUCCAGUCUCUGCUUUCCCACUACCUCCCCUCUCCUCCCCUCUCCUCCCCUGCUCUCUCCUCGGCACUGCAAGGCCAAUUAGAGGGCUCUCCUUCAGAGGCGGUCUCCACGAAGCAGUUUUGGGUCUCUGGUGCGGGUGUCAAGCGUAGAGCAGGCCCUCCCCUCCUGUACGCUUUAGCCGGACGUCCCGAUCCGACAGCGCUGCUCCUCUUUAACAACGUUCCCCUCAGUGCGGACGCGUUGCCCACGGUCCCAGCUCUGACAGCAGCAGCGCUAAUGAGCCAGUUCCAGCUCCUCUCGGCUUCCUGUCAGGCUGUUGGCACGGCCGGGAUACAUGACUGCACUGGUCAAGUCAUGUGA